CAUCACUGAAUCCCUCGCCUCACUGAAUUGAGAUUCCUGAAGUUCCUGAAUCCACUUUUGUACCGAUACGAACCGUCUCCCAACUCGAAGCCCGUCGCCUCUCUGAAUUGAAAUUCCUGAAGAUCCUGAAUCCUCCUUUCUCCUGAUCAGAAAUGUUCUUUCCUCUGGCUACUUCUCGAGGCUCUAGCUCGUUUCCUCCGAAUCCUUGGCGUCUGUAGCAUGCCAUCGCAUCACUGACUGGUGCAAGGUCUUCCGAAUCUUUAGCCGUUAAUCUUAAUCUUAUGUCGAUCCUACUUAUUAUUUCAGUUAUUCGGAGCAACUGUAUUCUGGUAGUUCGGGCCAACUGUAUUUCAGUCCCUCUAAACGUUAGUCACUCCGAGCAACUCUAGUCUAGACAUUUCGAAAGUCUAUUCUAGUCCUUCAACGCGUCUUUGCUAUAGUUUGGAGUGAAGAUUCCGUAGUCCUGAGCGACUCCUUCCCAGGAGUGACGACCCGUUAGAGUCAAUCAGAGCACCUCUAUUCUACUGAACCGGAGCAGCGCUACUACCCUUGUCAGUUGGAGCGGCAACGUUUAGGAAAAUCUUAAGAUCUUGACAGACGGCUUACUGAGAUGGUUUGUAGGUGUGAUAGUGACCUAUUAUUAGCGAUGGUGUCCCUUCUGACGGUAUUACCGAGACGGCAACUUACCACGGCCAUUGGCGAAAUGGUGACUUUUGAUGGUUUAUGGAGACGACGACUUCUGACAGCCAUUCUCGAAAUUUUGAUUUCUGACGGUGAUGAGCGAAACGUGCUUCUGACGGGCAUUUUCAAAACGGUGGCUUCCUGGUGUUAGCAGAGCGUGUCUUUUGCGAAACGGCGACGACGUGGUUGGUAACAGCGUCGUUUGGCGGCCAGUCUCGAAAAGGCGACUUCUGACGGUCACUCGCCAGACGGCGACGUCUGACGGUCACUCGCGAGUCGGCGACUUCUAACGGUCACUGGCGAGACGGCAACUCUGACGACGUUUUCUGACGGAUUAGCGGGACAGCGGCUUCUGACGGUCAUUGGCGAAACCGUGACGGUCAUUAGCGAGGCGGCGACGUCUGACGGUCACUCGCGAGACGGCGACAUCUGACGGUCACUCGCGAGAUGGCGACAUCUGACGGCCAUUCGCGAGAUGGUGACUUCUGACAGCCACUCGCGAGACACCGACUUCUGACGGUCACCCGCGAAACGGCGACUUCUGACGGCCACCCUCGACACGAUUAUUUCUGACGGUCAUUCGUGCGACGGCGACUUCUGACGGCCAUUCGCGAGACGGCGACUUCUGACGGUCACCCUCGAUACAAUGACUUCUGAUGGUCACUCGCGAGACGGCGACUUCUGACGGUCACUUGCGCGACGGCGACUUCUGACAGUCAUCUCGCGAGAUGGCGACUAUUGACGCUCACGAGCGAGUCGGCGACGAAGACGCGCCAGUGGUCGGGGGACGCGCCAGUGGAGCGCGGUGAAUGUUGGUGGCGGGAAGUUCUGACGGUCAAAGAGUGGCUUCAGGUUGCUGCUGUUGCUACGCCCGAAUCCCGAGAUUCCUGGACGGGGGGAGGGAGUGGGAGGAGGGCUGAUUGGAGGAAGCGGAGGAGAGGAGGCGGCUACAGCUGCUGAUGAUGGCGCUUCUGCUGCUGGCAAUGGUGCUACUAGUGGCGACGGUUGUGCUGGUCACGCUGCUGCUGCUGCCUCCUCUGCACCUUAUAUGCACCUGCACCCUGAGGGUGGUUCCUACCAAGUAAGUGUGCCCCGUGAGUGCUCCAUGUGCCCCUACCCAAGGGAGGGCAGCAGUGGAAUGACGCGCGGCGGGCAUUUUCUGGGCUGUGACUGCUCUUGCAUGCCCGGCUGACCACACUGCCCCUUGCCCUUCACGAUUGCGGCUGGUGGGAGUGCGGCUGCCGGGUGCGCGGCUGGAGGGAGCAGCCAUGGCGCUAGCCUCGCAACUGCCACCUCUACGGCUAAGUUCCCUCGCAUCCCUUUCCAAUCUUUCGAGAUCCUCAUGCUAGCCGUGCUUCCUUGUUUUCCUGCAUCGUUGCUUGCUUUGCUCGUUAAAAAAAUGGGAGGGAUCAAAACUCAGAGUUGGGAUUCUUGGCGCGUGGCGAUGGUAGCACAUGGCACUGGGGCGGAAGGGCUCAUACUAGAGUUGUAGGGGAUAGAAACGCAUUCAUCCUCACGCCCGCGUCCCUCUCUUACCUAGUCGCCCUCGCGUGCUAGCUCCAUGCCCUGGUGCCGUGGGCUACCAUCGCCCUUUCUCUCUUUCUUUGAAGCCUGCACCGUGUUUCACAAGAUGCACCCUCGCCAUCACUUCUGCUUCUUGCAAAGGGCUUCGUUUCUAUGAAUCUUUCGCUUGUCAUGAACAAACCUCUUGCUUGUUCUUGCACGUAUCAUUGGCUCGGCAUGCCUCGACCUAACUUUCUGCAUCUCCUUCCACCAAGUGUUUUUUUCUCCCCGCACCAUUCCGUUGUCCCAGGCCCAAGGAGGUGCGCACCGCAGAGCCGGAGUUGGAGGGCAGUGGAAAGACGCACGGCAGGCAGCCACAGCGGUGUGGCUGCCCCCUGCUCGCCCUGCUGACCACUGCACUCCCAGUCGCGUUGGAGGCUGGCGGGUGCCGCUGCUGGGAGUGCUGCCGCUGGGAGUGCGGCUGCAGGGAGUGCGGCUGGAUGGAGUGUGGCUGGAGGGAGUGCGGCUGGAGGGAGUGCGGCCAGAGGGAGCGCCUCUGCUGGGAGCACGCGGUGCAGCCGAGGGUGGAGAGCACCCACCUACGGGAAGGUGGAGCGCCCUGCAUCGACCCUUCCACACCCGUCCCGCUCUACUCCGCCUCUCAUCCGUCCCUCCUCCUCCUCUGGCUGUCAGUGCUCUCACCUCGGGACCCUCCCCAGGUGACACAGCGGUCCCGUACCCCAUGACUGCAGCAGCUGCAGCUAGAGAUAUCAGGGAGGGCUGCAGGGAAGGCAGCAGUGGGAUGACGCACGGCAAGCAGUCGCUGGACUGUGACUGGCCCCUUUGGGCUCUGCUGACUACAGCGCCCCUUGCCCUUGACGAGCUGCUGUCAUCAUGGUUUCACUCUGCCUCGUCUUGCAGCUGUACUCCCAUGGCCCUGCCGCAUGUACUUAUUCUGCAUCGCCCUUCGGUGCUGAGAGCGGGGAUGGAGCUGCAUUUUGUGCUUUUGAGUCGACUCAAAUGCAUCGCCUGUUGCACGGUUCUCCGGUUGAGUGGAGCUGGCAUCACGUGGCCGCCGCAGCCGCCCGUGGGUGCACGGUGCUCCGGUCGAUUCACUGCUUGGUGACGGGAGGGAGACAGCACGCAGAGGGAGGGAUCUGGCGGCACCCCCAUGCACCCCAUGCACCCCAUGCAACCCAUGCACCCAUGCCGCCCGUCGCGAGAUACUGUGCGGGGUGACAUGCCACCAGGGGUGACAUGCCGUCCGGGGUGACAUUCCGCCCGGGGUGAGAUGCUGCCCGGAGUGACAUGCCGCCGGGUGGUUGCAUGCCGCCCGGGGUGACAUGCCGCCCGGGGUGACAUGCCGCCCGGGGUGACAUGCCGCCCGGGCAGUCAUGCUGCCCUGGGUGCGGUGCCGCCAGGGGUCUAUCUGUGCAAGGGAGGACCCUGGUUACAUGACCGGGUGCAAGUGACGUGAUCGCUAGCUAGACAUGCAAAUGGGCACACUGAUUACAGGUUUUGGACGGUGGGCCCUACCUCAAUGCAGUGUCCAGGAGAACAUAAGGGUUAAACCUCGUAAUGGCCUAGAGGGGUACAGAAGUUGAGCAGCUCAUGCCACUACUGGAUCCGGGAUGGAGGGGCUUGCUUGUCGCGUGCUACAUGACAACUUCUAGUCGUCUGGCGUGGUGAUAGACUGACACGGUGUUUUCUUUGUUUUUGCUUGCUUCUUUGCCUCUGCCGAGUCUGCAAGCAAUGGAACACGUGAGAUCGUGUGGCCUGCUUGUUUUGUGGUUAUGACAGGCUAUUUUUCGCAUCGAGACAUCAGCUGCUCCUUUGAUUUAGACGUUUCUUGAGAAUUG